UGGAGUCAGAAGUACAAAGCAAAAGAAAAAAAGAUAAUAGUAAAAUUUCCAUCCAAAUCUGUGAAGGCAGCAAAGCCCAAACAAAAGAAAGUUGUGAAAAAGAAGAACCAAAAGAGUCCUAAGUCUCUGACUAAAAAGCAAAAGAUGAAGUCUCCAGACAAGGGCAAGAUAACCGUUAGUAAAAGGAAAAGACAGAACUCUGAAUCAGAAGUUCAGGUUAAAAUGAAAAAGGCCAAAAUAAUCAGUUCUCCAUUUAAUUCUUCACAAAUAACAAAGCCUAAAGAGCCAGUAAAGAUGAAGAUGACUCAAACAGAAACCAAAGAUGUAUCUAUCAAAACAGAUGAUGGAGACUACAAAGCAAGAUAUGUGACAUGUUUCUCUUGUAAUGUGCUGGUUCUUGAAAAAGAUUUUCAUUCACAUUUGUUCUUUGGAAGUAUAAAAUGUAGAUUUUGUCUAAAUCCAGUACAAAAAUGCACUGACUUUGCCAACCAAAUGCUGAAGCCCAACAGCUACUGCCCAAAAAGUCCAAUGAAGAUGCAUGGUAUAUUGCAGUGGGAUUCUUGUCUUCAUUAUGUGUGGCAUAGCGUGAAGAAAGAAAUAACCAUCAGAAAUUUCUGUAAUAGUAUAAAGACAAAGCCAAAUGAAUUUGAGAUUUGUUGUGAAAUCUCAAAAUACACAAAUAGCUUGGAAUCUUUAGAACAAGUAGAACCUUGGAAGUCAGCCUUUCUAGAGCUAAAGGCAUAUUGUGAACAGGUUUUCAGCCAGUUAAAGCCCCAAAAGUGUUGCUUUCUGAAACUUUUCAAAGGAAAUAAGAUAAAAAGUGAUGACAAAAAAUCGAUAUUUAGAACUAAAGACCCUGUUAAAAAUAUCAGUUUAGAGGCAAGUGGAGAUUCAGUAGCUCCUGAGAGGAAAGUUCUUUCACAACAGAACCAGGAGACGGAAUGUGCCACAGUUAGCGAGCUGCACUCAUCGUAUGUAUGUGCUAAUAUCAAUGGAACUUCUGAUAGUAAAAAAACAGAAUCAAAUGAAAUGAAGAAUAUUAAGCAGGAGGAAGAUCUGAUUAAGAGAAGGAAGCACCAUCAAAAAUUUAAAAAACGAGAUCUGAAAAAAAUUGUAAGGUUACCCAGAGAUGGUCGAUAUUUACUGGUAAACUACCCCAAUGAACAGUGUCCAGAAGAAUGUCCAGAAUGUUACUCUGGCUUUUAUCCUUCAAAUGUGACUUUGUAUUGCACCACAGGUAUUACAAAAGUUGUGUGUGAAGUGUGUGGCCUUGUUAUAUUCAUAGUACCUGAUUUUUAUGAAGAUGCUAGAUACUAAUAUUACCGUAAAUAUUACUUUACAUUAAAGUUUAGAGAUUUAGUAGUUCCUUUAGAACCAAGGGAUGGAAUGUGCUACUGUGAGUCAUCCUAUGUGUCUGUUUAUAUCACUGGAACUUCUGAUAACAACAUAACAGAAUCAAAUGCAAUUAAGAAUAUUAAGCAGGAGGAAAAUCUGAUUAAGACAAUAAAGACAGUAGCUGACAUAUAAAAAAAAGAGAUCUAAAAAGAAAAGAAAAAAAAUUGUAAGGUUACCCAGGGAUGGUCAAUGGUUAAUAAUCAUCCCAAUGAACAGUUUCCAGAAGAAUAUCCAAAUGUGACUUUGUAUUGCACCACAGGUAUUACAAAAGUUAUGUGAGUAGUGUGGUGGUGGUCUUAUAUUCAUAGUACCUGAUCUUUAUAAAGAUGCUAGACUAUGAUAUUACUAACUUUAAUGUAGUUUUUAUAUUUAUAUAAUUUCAUAUCUCGUGACAAAAGCGCUUUUGUAUUUGAUUUUAAUUGUGCAUGAGAAUGAAAGAAUAUAUAUCUACAACAAACCUGAAUAAUUAACACAAUAUAUAUUCCUUUAAUAUACAACCUUUCCUUCACCUCAUACAUGCUAUUACUAAUAAGACCAAUAAUAAAGUUAUUCUUUAUA